UUUGUACCUGGGUGGAGUUUUAGUGUGGCCAAAGGGCACGCACCACGGGGUUCUUACGAUAAUUAACACAUUUCAGUGUGGGAGAGCUGGGAAAUUGUAAUAGCCAUCCAUCCAUCCAUCCGUGCAUUUUCUAAUUCACAAUUUGGUAAAUAUGAAUUGGACACCUGGGAGUCACGCUGUUCCUCUUUGCGACGGGAUGAGCAUGCCUGUAAUAGGACUGGGUACUUACGCAGAUCCCCGCACGACGCCUGAAGGCACUGCAUAUCAUGCUGUAAAAGUGGCAAUUGAGACAGGAUACAGACAUAUUGAUGGAGCGUUGGUUUAUGUCAACGAACAUGAGGUGGGACAAGCCAUUCGGGACAAAAUAGCAGAUGGAACUGUAAAAAGAGAAGACAUCUUCUACUGUGGAAAGCUCUGGAACACAUUCCAUCCACCAGAACUGGUCCGACCUGCUCUCGAGAGAACUUUGAAGACAUUACAGCUGGAAUAUGUCGAUCUAUACAUCGUCGAGAUGCCCACAGCGUUCAGGCCAGGAGAGACCUUCUACCCGAGGGACGAGGAAGGGAAGUACAUUUAUCAUGACACAGACCUCUGUGCGACUUGGGAGGCUUUGGAAGCUUGCAAAGACGCCGGGCUGGCGAAAUCUCUCGGGGUAUCCAACUUCAACAAGCGCCAGCUGGAGUUGAUCCUCAACAAACCGGGACUGAAACACAAACCGGUUUCAAAUCAGGUUGAAUGCCACCCCUAUUACACUCAGCCAAAGUUGUUGGAGUAUUGCAGGCAGAAAGACAUUGUCAUUGUGGGAUACAGCCCAUUGGGGACAUCCAGAGAUCCAUCCUGGGUCAACUUAGCCUGCCCGCCACUGUUGGAGGAUGAAGUUCUCGUGUCGCUGGCUAAUAAGUACAAGAAGACUACAGCUCAGGUCGCCCUCAGAUUUAAUGUGCAGAAGGGAGUUGUGGUCAUUCCAAAGAGCUUCAGCCCGCUUCGUAUCAGGGAGAACUUCCAGAUCUUUGACUUCUGCCUUUCCGAAGAGGACAUGAAGACCAUUGAGGGUCUGAACAAGAAUAUUCGCUUUGUGGAGCUCCUCAUGUGGGCCGACCAUCCCGAGUAUCCGUUUCAUGAUGACUACUAAAUACCAAUUUGAAGAAAUGCAAUUCAGCUCCUUCACAAGUUUAAUGCAUUUAAUUUGUAGUACUAUAUAAGUCAGAUUUCAAAUCAUAUACAAUCACCUGUUACAUUUUAAAAGCAUUUUUAUUGCAUCUAUUUUUUUCUUGUGUAUUUUGGGUGUUAAGUGUUGGUGUUAUGUGAUGUUAUGAAGACCAAGCAUGAAAUAUCAAUCUUUAAGGUCAUUUUUACCAUUGAUGCUCUUUUUUCUAUGUUAACUAUCUAUCCAAAGAUGUAGCAUUACAGUUAUUAUUAGAUAUAUAUAUUAUACAUGUAGUUAUUGAAGUUGUACCAUUAAUCUGGUUGUCAAACUGUACCUUGUUUGACAUUUUAAGUAUAUUUAAUAAAAUCAUUAUAAAAAUAA